CAAUUUGACAAGUCUCUUCUUUUCUUAUUACCUUUCUCCGGUGCAGACUGCAGGCGGGCAGCCUUUCAAGAAUAAAGCUCCCCGCUAUCUCCCUUCUCAAAAACUCUCCUUCCUCUCCUCUUUUUGUCUUCGAUUUUCAGUUCCAACGUUUUCCAUCCAAAAGAUAAUCAUAAGUUCCCAUAAACUUUUUCCCUUGCUUUAAAGUUUCAUCCAUUUUUAUCAGCUUGUCCGGCACCACUACAUAAAGAUCAGGGCCAGGGCCCCAUACGCUCGCUCACCUACCCCUGUCAAGUCGCCACCGGAUCCCCCCAUUGCUUCAUCAUUAAAGGGUUAAACUACUAAAAAAAAGUUAGCCAAUAUGAACGAUCUUUUCUCCGGAUCAUUCUCGCGGUUUCGCAGCCAGGAUCAGUCCCCGGAUUCCCACAGCAUCGAAAUGACCAACAACACGGGCGGAGUCAACCUGGACAAGUUUUUCGAAGAUGUCGAAGCAAUCAAGGAUGAGUUGAGGGAUCUGGAGACCCUCCACAGCCAGCUUCACAGCUCCAACGAACAGAGCAAGACCCUCCACAACGCCAAAGCCGUUAAGGAACUCCGAACCAAGAUGGACAACGACGUUUCUUUAUCCUUAAAGAAGGCCAAGUUCAUCAAGGUACGGUUGGAGGCCUUGGACAGGUCCAACGCCGCCAACCGUAGCAUCCCGGGCUGCGGCCCCGGGAGCUCCUCGGAUCGCACGAGGACCUCAGUUGUCAACGGCCUGAGGAAAAAGCUUCAGGAUCAAAUGAACCAGUUCAGCGACUUGCGGCAGAAGAUGGCCGGGGAGUACAGGGAAACUGUCCAGAGGAGGUAUUACACGGUGACUGGGGAGAACCCUGACGAAGCUGUUUUGGAUUCGUUAAUCUCAACGGGGCAGAGUGAGACAUUCUUGCAGAAGGCAAUACAGCAGCAGGGGAGGGGUCAGGUGAUGGACACCAUCAUGGAAAUUCAGGAGAGGCACGAUGCAGUGAAGGAGAUUGAGAAGAAUUUGAAAGAGUUGCAUCAGGUGUUUCUGGACAUGGCUGUUUUGGUGGAGACUCAGGGGGAGCAACUUGAUGAUAUUGAGAGUCAGGUUCAAAGGGCCAGUUCUUUUGUUAGAGGCGGAACACAGCAGCUGCAGGUGGCUAGGAAGCAUCAGAAGAAUACCAGAAAGUGGACUUGUUUUGGGAUCAUCCUCCUGCUCAUCAUCAUCCUCAUCGUUGUGCUUUCCAUCCGGCCAUGGAAGUAACGAGAAGAAGCAGUCAAAAAGUUCUUGUUUUUUUAAUCCUCCUUGCCAUUAUUUCUAUGGUCAGAGCCAUUAUUUAUAUGUUACCGAUCCAUUUGCUUCUUGUUUAUUUCAGAUUCAAAGUUCUUUUAUGUUAGUGUUCUUUUUCCUUCUUUCUGGGGCGUCUUGGUCCUCUUGGAUAUGUUUAAUUCUUUUGAAAGAGUCUAAAUUAGGUGAAGUCUUACCAUAUCUGCUGACGCGGGUUGUAAUUAGAGGGAGGUGGAUGUAGUUUUGUCUUUGGUGCUGUUUUCCUGGACUCGUAAAUGUUUUUGAUACUUUUAUACUGAUUCUGAA